CUCUUCGCUUCGUGUUUGCUUCCCCACUGCACGAAUGCAACGCUGCCGGUGGAGAGCGCGCAAAUUCCUUUGCUUGGCACAACUAAUAAAAUCCUCCAUGCACCUUCUCGACGCGGCCAUGAUAGACAUGGGUCGUUCAGACAAAGAACAGCCUGGCGCUGGUCGGUGUGUCCUGCAUAGCGCCAAUUCACGUUGGCGUAGAUCUAUCAUCUCCGGCGGAAUAGCAUCCAUGCCAUAUAGGGUACCCACGCAGAACCUCUGCCAUGACACUGGCUGACCCGCGAUCGUCGGGCGGAAUUAAACACCGAUCGGAGCGCCUUUCAGGGCUUAUUUCUCCACUCUGGAGUUUGGUCCCCGUCCAGUUUUCGUGGAGAAAAUCAAGGUGCAUAGUCGGAUACUAAGCGAUUGUCAACAUGUGAGCGGUUUGUGCCACGAAGAUGACCCCCAAAUAUCCAAUUGGUCGGUGCCAGCGAUAGGAAUCUGCAGAGACUGAAACCCGAAACAUCUCUCAGAUAGGAGUCCUCUUCAUCUAAUGCAACAGUAGAUGGAAUACGGAGUAGAGAAUGCUGUUUUGAGCCUUGCUAAAGGGACCACGAGAUAGUUGGCCGUCGGUUCGGUUCAGAACUUCCCGCAUAUAUCUGAUAUUUGCUGGCGAUUGCGUAAACCGUGAGAUGUGUUCAAUAUGCUUACCCUCCGGGAGCCCUAUAUUGGUCGAUCCGAUCCUACACCGAGGUCUCCAAACCUGACGUAUAUUAUCGGGGAUCUUGAUCUGUGUCCACCUGCUAAUUAUAAGGCAAGACGGGCAUAAAGACUCGGACUAGCGGUUACACGUAGUUGCAUGCCUUGCAAUGCUACCUGAGUCUAAGACCGCUCUUUCGUAUCUCUGUGACAGCAUCGAUAGCCUGCAUUAUCAUGUCUCACCAGCAAGUGUCCUGAAAGUUUACGUGACAUAAUGAGAUGAGGUGUUCUAUUUCGCGAUUGCCUCAUUGGCACACAAUGGGACGUUAUCUGCCAAGCAAAUCAACUUUGAUUUCGCUUAUCGCCAUCAAGCUUCUUCGUUGUUUCACAGCUUAUACUCACUUUGUGAUCUGGAAGGGAUACGAUAACUACAUGGCCUGAAUAGCCUUAUAGAUCGCCAAUCGUGUGUAAGAAGUGACAAACUUUUGUUAUAAGAACUUCUGGGGAAAUCUAGCGAGCGAUUGAGACUGUGUGCAGCCUGGAAACCAUGCUUGGGACCCUAAUAGAUUUUUUUUUUUUUCUCUUA